AUGUCUGACGAAAAAGAAACAAGACUAAAUGAACCCAAGCAAAAUUCUAUGUACGUCGGUGCUUUACCAAAUAUAUCGAUGGAAUCUCUUCUUCAAUUUAAUAUGCCAGGUGAUCGUUAUGGUGCAUCAUCAAUUCGAUUAUUUCUUGGUAAAUAUCAUGCACUUCCAUGUCUUUUAAGUUGUAUUAGUGGUACUGAUAGAAAAUUAUUACAUGUAACAACAAUAUUAAAUUAUCUUCGUGAUGAACUCAAACAUGAUUUAAAUACUGAUCUAAUAACUGGAAAUUAUAAUGUUCAAACAAAUCAAAUGGAUAUUAAUGCACGUUUUUGUGAUUUAAAAAAUGGUAUUAUGCUCGAAUUCCAUGACAUUUAUUUGAAUUCUGCAGUAUUAAAUCCAAAUCAAUUAAAAGCUGAUAAUGCUGAUAACGGUUUUUCAAUUCCAACAUCAAUUACUAUUUAUUAUCUUCCACAUCAGAUAACAUUCGUGCCAGAGUUAUGCAAAUCUUUUUAUAACAUGACACUAUUAACACCAGAACCAACUAUAACAUUUACUUUACAAAUGGUUUGUCGAAAUCAAUGUGGAUAUUAUCUCAAUAGUAUUACUAUUAAAAAACCACUUAUUACCGAUCUCGCACUUUAUUAUGGAAAUGAUUUUGUUUCAGUUCAUGAGAAAAUUAUUAAAAGUUUGAAUACAGUAGAAAAUAAAGGAAUCGUUCUUUUACAUGGUAUUCCAGGUUCAGGAAAAACUCAUUAUAUUCGAUAUUUAAUUCAUGAAAUUCAAGGUAAAACAUUGAUCUAUGUUCCACCAGAUAUGGCAAAAGAGAUUUCUUCACCAGACUUUCUUCCAUUUCUUAUGCAAUAUCCUGAUUCAAUUCUAAUUAUUGAAGACGCAGAAAAUAUCAUUAAAGAUCGAAAUGAAUCUUCUUUUCCAUCACAAGCUGUUGCGAAUCUUUUGAAUUUAUCUGAUGGUUUAUUGGGUGAUGCAAUGCAUCAACAAAUUGUUGCCACAUUUAAUUGUGAUUUAACAACAAUUGAUCCAGCUUUACUACGCAAAGGACGUUUAAUUGCCAAUUAUGAAUUUAAUAAAUUAGAUUUAGAAAGUUCAAAAAUUCUCUCAGAGAAAUUAGGAUUUGGAACAAAGAACAUCACCGAACCAAUGACAUUGGCAGAAAUUUAUAAUCAAAAUGAUUAA